AUGCGCAUCGCGCUCGUAAUCGUCGCAGCGCUGCACUGCGUGCAUGGCCGCUUCAAUGCGCCGCCACUGCGCCAGUGCCAAGGCGCGCUCCGCCCCUUCCAGGGCACGCAACGCGACGAAUCGACGCUCGCGGCCAUCGGCGGGUUGGUGGAGCGCGUGUAUGUCCUCUGUGCGCGGCGCUGCGAGCGGACGCCGGAGCUCGCGCCGAGCGCGUGGCGCCAUGCGUUCGUCGUCGACGGCCUGCGCUACGACCGAUGCGCGCGCGUGGACGGUGCGACGCGGCAGCAGUCGCGUGCGACGCUGACGCACCUCGCAGUGCUACAAGACGCACGGGAGACACUCGCGCUGAACGCGACCGUGCUCGUGCUCGAGGACGACGCGGUCGCGACGGCCGCGCCGCCGUGGUCUCGCGCGCGGCUGGCGGAGUUCGAUGCGACGGUGCUCCGCGCCGCGGGGUGGCUCAGCGUGCGGCUAGGGUGGGGGUUCGGGGGCGAGCGGGCGCCGGGGACGACGUGGUCCCGGGACGACGGGCGCGGCUGCGCGUGCGCAUGCGACGUCAGUCGGAGGCCAUGGUGCGCGCUGGGGCGCGACUGCCUCGUCUGGUCGAGCGUUGCCUACCUGGCCAGCGCUGGUCGGACGUUCGACGCGUGGGCGGCGCUUGAGGACGCGCCGCCGAACUUCAUAGUCGUGGGGCACAUCGAACGCGUCGCUGCGGCGUUCUCCAAGGUCGUGGUCGUGCCAGCCCUGGCGGAGCAGAGCGGCGAAGCCCCGGCGGCGUGGCCGGCGCCCCCCAACUCCUGCGCGCCGGAGGGUCCGACGUCGGUGCCGCCGCUGGUCCCUAGACCGACGGCUGGGUCGACCGCGAGCAACGCGACGGCGUCCGACGCCCCGCUGGCGCGGCUCGCGGCGCUGCGCGCCGCAGGCUCCCUCUCGGCCGCGGAGUUCGCGCAUGCCCAGGAGAUCGUGCGGAACGGGAACAACAGGAGGCCACGCCGCCGCCUCGCUGCGGCCGCCGGCGUGCUAUACGCCGUAUGGGACCGCCCUGGGGGCACACCGGACCGCUACGUCCGCGACGUUGUCGCGAGCCUGACUUUCACCCGGCGCGUCGCGGUUCAGGCGUCGCGCUACCCGGUAUUCCUCGCGGCGAGCUCAGGGGACCUCCUCGCUCGCCUGGCUCGUGCCGCGGCACCCGCGCCGUGGGACGACUCAGGCGUCGUUGGAGUCGACCCGCGCAUAAAGGCGCGCGCAGCGGCGACGGAGGACAAUAUCUGGCUCUGGCGCCUGUCGGCGUGGCUCCAGAGCCCAUUCGAGGCGACGUUGUCCCUGGACACGGACGUGCUCGUGCUGCGACCGACCUUCGUCCACUCGCUGCUAGCGCUCGAGACCGACGCGGCCGCCCCGGUCGACCCGGCGCGCUACUUCGCCCACUCCACGUGGGGGGCCGACGCGUCCGCGGCGCCGCCCUUCUGCGCGUGCGUCCUACGCCUCACCAAGUCCCCGUUGGUCGAAGCGUGGCUCCUGGGCGCGGCCGACCGGCUGGCUACGAAGCGGCACGCGCACGUGCGCCAGGGUGACCAGGAAAUGCUGUGGUAUGAGUGGCAGGAAAACCUCGCGGGCCGGCUCCGCCUCCUGAUCCUGCCCGAGGACUACUACUGUCCGAACGUCCCGCUGUCGGCCGCGCGCCCACCGACUUGGAACACGUCCUGGCACGGCUGGAACUCGCGCGGCGCGUACGCCUGCCGCGCCGUCCACGGCCAUCGGCAGUCGGAGGUCACGCGCGCACGAGUCGCCUAUUGCCUCGGCCUCGACGAGGCGGCCUUCCGGCGGCAAUGCGCCGACACGACAGCUCGGCCGCCAGACCGCGUCGUGCAUAGAAGAUAA